AUGCCAGAAAUCCUCGACGACAAAGCUCAACAUGUAAUCCCCUUCAUCCAAUCCAUGCUCUCACAACAUCAACUCUCCCACUCUAACGAAUCUAACCCGCCUCCCUUCUUCAUCGGCCUCAACGGCGUUCAAGGAGCAGGCAAAUCUGUCCUAGUCGACAUCUUGAAAACCACCUUAUCCUUGCCUCCUUAUAAUCUGUCCACCGUCGUCUUCUCGCUCGACGACCUCUAUCUUACACACACAGACCAGGUCUCACUUGCCCAAUCACACCCAGAUAACCCACUGCUUCAACAUCGAGGGCAGCCCUCGACGCACGAUAUUCCACUGGCACUCUCCAUCUUCGAGAGUCUCAAGCGCAACAAACCGACCAAGAUCCCACAAUACAACAAAGCCGCGUUUGCGGGACAAGGCGACCGCGUCCCCGAAGAUGAAUGGGAAACAGUAAACACCGACCCUUCCCACCCUGCCCGGGUUGUGCUCUUCGAAGGAUGGUCCGUGGGCUUUCGUCCCCUGAGCUCUGAAAUCCUCGCUUCGACGCACGCGGCAGCUGUCUCUGCUGCGCAGAAUGCCACCCCUGAAAGCCCGUACAGGGGCUGUUUAGGAUACAAUUCGCUCGAGAGCGUCACGACGAUCAACGACGCGUUGAAGGCCUACGACGCAUUAACCUCUCAGCUCGACGCGUUCAUCCACAUUGACGCCCAGGACACUAUUUACGUGUAUAAAUGGCGGUUGGAGCAGGAGGCUGGCCUGCGCGCGUCCAGAGGGACCGGCAUGACGGAUGAGCAGGUCAGACAUUUCGUCGACGGGUAUUAUCCCUCGUACGAGCUGUACACGGAGACAUUGCACGAGGGGGUGUUUAAAGGUACCAAAGAGGAUUGGCGGGGGAGGCAGUUGAGGUUGGUGGUUGGUGAGGAUAGGAAGGUUAGGGAGGUGGUGAGGAUAUGA